CGUUAUUUAACCUUCAAACCGAUCUAAAGCAAAGUUGCCGUCGAGACCGAUGUAUUCCCUGCAAACUGCUUUGUCCCGUUAACGUUAAAGCUCGCGUCGUUCUUCCUCUUCACUCUCUUAAAAACUCUUCAGGUUUUUCCAGCUGAGCGAUUCAGGCUGAGGCGGGCGCAACCGCACUAGAGGGAAAGUCAAGUCGUGCUGGACUGGCGCGGUAUCCUCUCACGGUUUACAAGUAAAGCAAGAGCGGACUCGCAUUUUAUCAAGCUUUGAAAAUGAUGGAAUAUGCUGAUUUUAAAAGUUGACCUGGGAUUUCUAGUUGUCAGGUGUCGAGGCAUGGCUUUCCUUGUAACUUGCUUAUUUUUGUCUUGUUACAGUGCUAGCAGUGUUUGGGGAAAUCAGCACAGUGAGACCAGUAUAUAUUUGGAUAACAUCACGCGUAUAUUGGAUAGAUUACUGGAUGGCUAUGACAACAGACUGCGACCUGGAUUUGGAGGUCCAGUUACAGAGGUCAAAACUGACAUCUUUGUCACCAGCUUUGGACCUGUUUCAGAUGUUGAGAUGGAAUACACCAUGGAUGUGUUCUUUCGUCAGACGUGGAUUGACGAACGACUAAAAUUUGAGGGCCCCAUUGAGAUCCUGCGGCUCAACAACUUGAUGGUCAGCAAGAUCUGGACACCGGACACAUUUUUCCGCAAUGGCAAGAGGUCGAUCUCUCACAACAUGACUACCCCCAACAAGCUGUUCCGCAUCAUGCAGAACGGAACUAUCCUCUACACCAUGAGAUUAACUAUAAAUGCAGAGUGCCCCAUGCGUCUGAUGAACUUCCCCAUGGACGGCCAUGCCUGCCCACUUAAGUUUGGGAGUUAUGCUUACCCCAUCAGUGAAAUUGUGUACACAUGGAAGAAAGGUCCUCUGUCAUCUGUUGAAGUGCCACAAGAAUCAUCCAGUUUGCUGCAGUAUGACCUUAUUGGUCAGACAGUUUCCAGUGAGAGACUAAAAUCCAAUACAGGUGAAUAUGUCAUUAUGACCGUUCAUUUUCACCUGCAAAGGAAAAUGGGCUUCUUCUUGAUUCAGACUUACAUUCCCUGUAUCAUGACUGUCAUCCUGGCCCAAGUCUCAUUCUGGAUUAAUAAGGAAUCAGUUCCAGCUCGGACUGUGUUCGGUAUCACCACUGUCUUGACGAUGACAACGCUCAGCAUCAGUGCCCGCCACUCACUCCCUAAAGUCUCCUAUGCCACAGCCAUGGAUUGGUUCAUUGCUGUUUGCUUUGCCUUUGUCUUCUCCGCCCUGAUUGAGUUUGCCGCCGUCAACUACUUCUCCACCUUACAGGCCAACAGGGAGCACCGGAAAGCAGCGGCCAUGAAGGCAGCAGCUCAGGAGGCAGCAACUGCGGCCGCUGCUCCCGCUGUGGCCGCAGGGAAUGACGUAGAGGUGUCCUCAGUGGAUGCCAGUAGUGUGCUUAAGAAGAGGAUGAACUCCACCCCGAUGUUUGAGCGUCCUGCCAAGACAUUUCCCAACCCACCGGUCAAUGCCCAAGCAUUCCUCCAGCAAGGUUCGGCUGUACCGGCCAACAAUGUUCUGACUGGCACCAGCAUCAUCGACAAAUACUCACGCAUCCUUUUCCCCCUUUCGUUUGGCGCCUUCAACCUGGUCUACUGGAUUGUCUAUCUUACCAAGGACACAAUGGAGAUGUCCAGGGAUACCAUCUAGGCCUAGUGUUUGUUCUUCUGGAUGGCACACACACACUUACAUGCAUACAUUUACAUUUAUAUGUAUCAGCCACAACCUUAAAACCAGCGACCAUUGAAGUGAGCAACAUUGAUCAGUUCAUUUAAAUGCAGCACUCUUCUGGGAAACCUUGGGCUCUGACAUUCAUAUGGAUUUUACUUUGACUUGAACUGCUUACCUAACCUUUGUUCCCGACUAAGCACACCCCACCAUUGCAACAACAUUCCCCAACAACUGCAACCUUCCCAAGCUGUAUAAUUUACCCCCGUGAUAUAAAAACUCCUCAGGAAUGGGUGAAGAACACAACAAAGACAAAAGUUCCCAGAUACUUAUCUGAUGAUGAAUCAGUGGAAUUCUCCAGAAUGAGCCACAAAUUCACAGGAGAUACACUCUAAAGAAGCCAGGCACCAGAGGACACCCAGCCUCAGACACCCCAUGUCCAUAUCUGGACAGGUUAGAUUUGCUUUUGCAGAUCAAGUGGAACCCAGUGCUAGGCAAUUAGAUUCAUUGUUAUGGCUAAUCUGAUAUAAAUUUAAGAGGCACAAACAAAAAGUUCCACUUCUCCAUAAAAAAGCAAAACCCAGUUAAGUAAGUUAUUAAGUUCUUUUGAUGUUUUGCACUACUUACAAUGCUCCUACUCCAUUUAUCAUAUCAAGUAGCCAACUCAUGUAGGUAAGUAAUAAUGGUGGUAAGUGACAAAAAACUGCUAUGUACACAUUGCAACACAAGCCGGAUUAUUUGUGCCAAAUGCUUCCCCUUAAACACUUCAGGAUGUAAGCGAAAAGUCUGAACCUGGAGUUACACAGUACAUGAAACAAAAGAUAACCAUGACUCUGGUCAUGCUCCUGACCUGAUGUACCACCUAUUUGGACAUUAUAUUCCCUUCUACUACUGACUGCUGCUUAGUCACUUGGCUCUAUCUGACCCAUCUCUAAUCAUUGUUAUUUACAUUUUGAAGAGAUCUAGUUCCUUAAUCCAGAAAGAAUACCACAGGAGAUUCAGAUAUUAAUUGUAGGAUAUGUUUACCUGGCUGCAGAACUAGGGCAGCCACACAUCUAUAAGUUAUAAAAGUUAUAAGUUAUUUUUGAACUGCCAAAAAUAUUAUGCUUAUCCACUUAUUCAGAUAAAAUAUUUUCUAAUUUAAUAUCAGCUCACUGACUUUUAUAUGGCUGCAAAUACAAGUAAACAUAGUAUAGAAAGACUCCAGAUAAAGGCUUCAAGGCUACCUGUAGAAUUUCUUCUUUAUCUUACAACAUUAAGAUAAAGAAGAAAGGGUUCAAUGGGUUACAGCAUUAACCCAUUGAACCCUUCCUAACAGCAAAGCAGAUAUAAUCUAAAAAUAUAAUAUAGAGUAAGUUUGCCACUAAACUUCGUCUAUAAGUUACACGACAAAAGCAAAAAUAUAUUUAAAAAAAACAAACAAACAAAAAAAGCAGGUUGCCGGAUUCUAGUGCUGGAGAAGAUAGAACAUUUAUGGGGAGAUUCACCACAUAGAGCAAUCUGAUCACUUAAUAAACUGGAUUUUCACACAAAGAAAAAAAUACUUGCCAAGCUCUCUUUUUGCCACCUCAGUGCAUUGUAUUUCAUUUUAUCUUGUUGCAUGGAAAGCAAGUGCUUUGAGAGCAGAUGUACCUGAUCCUUUUGCCAACUUGACCAGGCAACUCAAAGCCAUAUGAGCUCCAGAGCCCCAUGCUCUGGUAUAAUUUAAAACAGAAACUACAUCUCUCUACCACUCUUUUUCAUUCAUUUCAAAUCUCUGAGAUAUAAAAAAAAAUUACCCAUUAGUAAUAGCUGGGGUAGGACCUACUUUGGGAGAGCAAGAGCUAAAGCAUCCACAAAGAUCCACUUUGUUGUAUGUAUUGAUUUUCUGUGUGCAUGCAAUUCACAUGCAGUUCCAGACAUCAGAAUGAUAUUGCAUCUGUGGUUGAAAUGACACAUUUCCUGCUUCAAUAUUUAGAACACAUGUAAGGGAAUAAGUGUACUUGUCCUGAUACUGCAUCCAUUGUGACUGAGUGACUGAAUUGCAGGAACUCUCUCACUGCCAGCUCUACUUUCCACUAUUCAUUUUUUCCCUUCCAACACUCUAUUUUUUGGUUCAUUGGCUUAAUUUCCCUCUGCUGGAGUAUAGAGGAUGUGAAGAAAAAUCUUCAAAGGGUUUAGAUGGUGUGUUCCACAGAUUCAUUGGCUGCACUGAAUAUUUAGUGUCACAUGCAGAUGCAGAUAGAAAAAACGUGUGCAUACAGUUACUAGAGGGUUAAAAACAUCCACGCAUACUACUUAUUUGAGCCACAUUUUUGGACUAAAAUAUUGACAUUACUUGCAACCAUUUAAUACAGCGAGGCAUGGCAAUAACCCCCUUUUCACAGAAAAUAUUUAAACCUUUAUAUGCUAAUGUAAGCAUUUUAUUAUUCAAUACUUAUUUUUUCUCCUUUCUUUCAUAAUUUUAAUUGGAGUUAAAUGAUUCCUGCAUUGGUUCCCAAUAAUUUGUCAAGAUGACAGCCAUUGCUCUAGUUUUUCAUUAAAAAGCAGCAGAAAUAGAAAAUUAAACCUAUCAUCACCAAUUAUACAAAAUGCCAAGUCAUAUUCAUUAAUAAUCCACUUAUGUGGAUUAGCAUAUGAUUAUGCAGUGUUUCCAAUUAAGUACAAAGGGUAACAUGUUCAAGAUAUGUGGUGUCUACAUCUAAACCAGUGUGUUUACUGCCUCAUUGCAUGCAUCAUGCACGAAGGGUGUUUUGAUUUAAAGUGCUUUUAUUGACAAAGACACAAAAAAUAAUAUUAUUUAAUAUUUGAUAGUAUUAAUAAUUAUUAUUCAUAUUAAAUAAAUAAAAAAACACCUGACUACAGCACCAAAAGAUUGUAUGAAGUCUGAAGUCUGUGUCUGUUGAGUGGCUGUUUGAUAUUGAUGAAACAUAAACAAACUUUAUGGUGGAGAAGUUUUUCCCCAUCUUCUUGUUCAGUUUUGAAUAUUUAGUUUGAAACAAGAAAUAACAUCAUGUUUAAUAGUAUUCAAUCAUUUUAUGUAAUUAUUGUAUCUUAUAUGAACAUUUGUGAAAACACAGAUAUAAUCAGUAAUGCAAAGGUCAAAUGAAGACAAUAUGCAAUGCAACAAAAAAUGCAAUAAUAAAUCAAUUUGAACUCUAAGGUUCAGAUCAAUUUCAUAGAAAAUGUUGGUAGGAUGCAAAUGUUUUCUUUUUUUUUCUAAAUUAGCAUUUUAAAUCUGUUAAUAAUAAUAAUAAUAAUAAUAAUAAUAAUACAUUAAUAGAAGGGUCUUUGAAUAUUGCCAAGGAUUAUACAUAGCUGUUUUGUAUGCCAUCACUGCAUGGUAUGAUCACAGUUGCCAUUAGGUUAGCCACUUUAUUAGGGUUAAGCAAAGACGUGUUCUGCUUGUUCUGUUUUAAUAAGUUUGUAGAUCUGUGAAAGAUAGAAUGUCUUGUAUCCUACAUGAAAAAUCUGAUGUUCUAGGUAAAUUGUGUUUGAGAUCCUUGUUCAGUUGACACUGAGAUAAAGUGUAUUGUGAUCUACGAUCUUUGUAAACUGAUUUUCAAAGAUUUGCUCAUUUUAAAAGCUGUUGUGCAUUUUUUUUCACAUGUAAAUUAGAAGACUAAAGUAACAAUAAUGGCAGUCUCUAUAAACUGUCCUUGUAUCUUCCUUCUUUCCCUACUUUAUUCAUCACCCUCUUCCCCUCUGUCUAUGAGGCAGAGGCUGAAGAGAUGGGACGUUUCAACCCUUAAUGCCCUGUAUGUCAGGCUGUGUUGUGGAACUGCCAGUGAAAUCAGACUGCCAGAGAACUAUUGGUGCAACCCCAAUGGAGCCUCGGAGCACUGACUUUGUUCCACCUCCAGCAGUGACUGGGCAUUUUCUCUGCAGAACAAUAUUCAGUCAAAUAAUCAGUUUAAACAGUGCUGAGAAACCUUUUUUCUAUACUGACUGAACUUGUAUGCAUUUACCCAAAGCCUAGUUGCAAGAAUCACAUAUGCAUGAACUCUGACCCUUUAUGUGUAUGUUAGGGUUGUUGAAUGUAGAAGAUAACGGACUCUAUAUAAAAUAGAAUUCUAUUGUUCUGGUGACUUUGGCCACAAAUUGGCCUUUGCAGUUUUUAUUUUUAUUUUUUGGUCAUUCCACAGACAUGGCUUAUUGAUUCUUUAUCAAAUAAUGUUUUGUUCUGUUUUUCUUAUUUGCCUAGAAGUUUUUACCACACCUUAGAAGACAGUGAAUGCCAUAUACUGUUAUAUUAUGUGUAUAUUUUGUGAAUAUAAUGAGAUAUUUAUGUAUGUACUCCUAUUGUAUGGCUCUGCUUGAUGAUCAUCUCCACAUCUUCACAAUAUUAGCCAUUUGUACCUGUCUGAAUGACUACAGAUUUUUACAUUUUAUGAAUUUAGUUGAUCCCUUUUUGCUCCUUUAUACACUGUUACCAAGUAAGGCUUGCUUUUUGUUUGUGUUUAUUUAUUAAUUUAUUUUCAAAAGAUAAUAUGUGCAUAUGUCCAUGUUUUGUCAAUAAAUGACCCCUGCUCAUUUUCACAUAUAUAUAUAUAUAUAUAUAUAUGCAUUGAAACAUGCAUUUAUAUAUACAUUGAGUCAUCACUCAAAGUGCAGACUGAAAAAAGAAAUCAGAACAACAAUGAGAUGAGAGUACAUAUUUGCACUAUUUCUCCUUAUAAAACCUUAUCAAACUCUGAGUUCACGCUACAGCAUAGUGUUAGGGUUCAUUUCAAGCCUUUUUUCUUGUUUUCCAAACAUUCUGCUUUAAUUUGCAUCAGGUAAUUUUAAUAUUGCAACACCCAACCUUUAGAUCAUACACUAUUGCUCUGAUUUUUUUCCUGUAACAUUUCUUUUAAGAGUUGCAAAUUCACUGUUCCGUCAGUGAUUACGGAAUAACCCGGGCUUAAAAAUAGGAAAAGAGUCUCAAACUGCGAUGCUCUAUGUUAGUAUUGGCGUGCGGUGCCUAUUCCCUCUAACAAAAUGCUGUGCAAGUUAUCUAGAUUUCUUCUAUUUUUCACGUCUUUUAUGAUGCAUGUUAUACUCCCAGUGUGCUCUUUUGAGGGAAGCGCCUGAAUUUCCUGUUUGUAGGCAGUUUUGGACUGGUGAACACCUCUCUGUAUAAAUGCCUUUCUAGCUUUAUAUCAGGUUCAUACAUCUAUGUAAUACAUCACUUAUGGUCCUAUGAAAGUUGUUUCAAUUCAGGGAUGGUUUAGACCAGCUCCCAAACUUAGCAUGUUUUUAUUUAUAAGGAGAGAAAUCUUUACAAACCUCAUAUAAGAUGGCAUUAACUUAAUUGGAACACCUGACUUCAAGUAGCCUCUGAAGAAGUCAUUAAAAUAGGUUCAUCUACUUUUUUGUUUUAGCCUGCACCGUGAAUGAUUACUCUGUGUGUUUAAUAAAGACACGGCAAAAUUA